UGCGCAAUACCGGGCCGGGCUGGCAGGAAAGAUGGCGGCGGCGGGAGGAGUCCGGGGUUGAGAGAGCGGCCCGGGGAACGGGGACAUGGCGAGAUUGUCAGAUUACUUCCUGCUGGUGGGGUAUGACCUGAACAAGAGAGGCAGUGGCAUUGGACAGGGUAAGAUUCUGCAGCGGUUCCCCGAGAAAGAUUGGGAAGAUAACCCUUUCCCCCAGGGUAUUGAACUGUUCUGUCAACCCAGUGGAUGGCAGCUAUGCACAGAGAAGAAUCCUCCAGCAUUCUUCAUCGCUGUUCUGACAGACAUCAAUUCAGAACGUCAUUACUGUAGCUGCUUCACCUUCUGGGAGGAGUGUGCACCGAACCUUAUUGACCAGAGGGAUGGAGAAGCAGAGGAAGGUUCCCCCUUACCAUCUACAACUCAGCUGUAUGCUCCUAAGACUUUGGUGCUUGUAUCACGUCUGGACCAUCCGGAGGUCUUCAGGGAUUCCCUGGGCCUGAUUUAUACCAUUCAUACGGAUGGAUUGAGUGUGUCUCUGGAGAAUGUCGUUGGAAACUUGAUAACCUGCACUGUCCCUGUCGCUGGAGGCUCCCAGUCUGACCUGGAGCAGGAUGGUAUGAGAACGAUAUCACUGGGAGCCGGAGAUCGUCAAGUGAUCCAGACCCCAAUUUGUGACUCUCUUCCAAUCAGUAACUGCAGUGUGGCCCUGCUAUUUCGACAGCUUGGCAUCACCAAUGUAUUGUGCCUCUACUGUGCGGCUCUUACUGAGCAUAAGAUCUUAUUUCUGUCCCGGAGUUACCAACGCUUGACAGAAGCCUGCAGAGGCCUUCUGGCUAUAAUGUUCCCACUUAGAUACAGUUUCACAUAUGUUCCCAUUCUACCUGCUCAGCUUCUUGAGGUCCUUAGCACCCCCACACCAUUCAUCAUUGGAGUAAAUGCUCUGUUCCGGUCAGAGACACAAGACCUGCUUGAUGUGGUAAUUGCAGAUUUAGAUGGUGGCACUGUAACGAUCCCAGAAUGUGUCCAGAUUCCUUUGUUGCCUGAGCCGUUGCUCCAUUAUACACUAGAGGCCUUGUCACAGGUCCUAGAUCCUGCUCUUCAGAUAGCUGAUUUGGCAUUCCCUCCAUCUUCCAUCACUGCCUCCACGCUUCGAAUGCAGGAUAUGGAAGUGCGUGCUGUGUUCCUUCGUCUCUUUGCUCAGAUCUUGCAAGGUUAUCGCUGUUGUCUACAGCUGAUCAGAGUUCAUCCAGAACCAGUUAUACGAUUCCACAAGGCUUCAUUUUUAGGUCAGCGUGGAUUAGUUGAAGAUGACUUUUUGACCAAGGUUCUAGAGGGCAUGGCUUUUGCUGGCUUUGUCUCAGAGAGAGGUCCCCCAUACAGAUCACUGGAUUUAUUUGAUGAGCUGGUUGCCUACGAUGUGAAGAAACUUCAGUAUGACGAGGGAAAUCAAAAACAUCUCAUGAAGUAUAUUCGGGAUUUGGCCGAGAAGCUCUAUCGAAACGAAAACCCUUACCCAGCUGUCAGCAUGCAUAAAGUACAACGACCUGCAGAGGGCAGUCAUUUGCGACCCCAGAACAAGCCUUUCCCUUUGCUGGAUGAAAGCAGUAUACAAUGGAUCUUGGACCAGGCUGCUGUAAAGCUGCAGAACGCACCUCCAGCUGUUAAAGCAGAAAAGAAAUGCAUGGUGCCUCCUGGACCACCCAUUGAAGCAAUUGUGGAGCGGAAUGGCAGUGCUCUAGCUAAUAGCAACCGGCGGCUAGAAGUUGUGAGGAACUGUAUUUCUUACAUCUUUGAGAACAAAAUGCUGGAAGCCAAAAAGUUGCACCCGGCAGUACUUCGAGCACUAAAGGGACGAGCAGCUAGGCAGUGCUUAACACAGGAGCUUAAUCUUCACGUACAGCAGAAUCGAGCAGUGUUAGAUCACCAACAGUUUGACUUUGUUGUGCGUCUGAUGAACUGCUGUUUACAGGAUUGCACUCCUCUUGAUGAGCAUGCUAUAGCUGCUGCUCUUUUACCUCUCAUCACAGCUUUCUGCAGGAAAUUGAGCCCUGGCAUCACACAGUUUGCUUACAGCUGUGUCCAAGAGCACCUUGUCUGGACCAACAUGCAGUUUUGGGAAUCCAUGUUUUAUGCGGAUGUCCAAAACCAAAUCCGAACCCUUUACCUAAGUUCUGAAGAGUCUUCGUCAAACUUGGAUGAAGUGGAAGAGGAGGAACGGUCGGCUCUGGAGCUGGCUGCAGAGCAGUGUCGGUUGUGGCCAACAUUCCCACGAGAAAAACAGUUAGAGCUGAUCCAGAAGGAAGAAAGCACGGUAUUUAGCCAGGCCAUCCACUAUGCCAGUCGUUUGAGCUACCUACUCCUACCAUUGGAUACUUCUAAAAGCCGCCUUCUGCGAGGAGGAGCAGGCUUCGGAGGAGCAGGCUUCGGAGAUACUGAAAGUGUGACCAACAGCUUCAUUACCAACAGUAUGGCAGGCAGUGUUGCAGAAAGUGCAGACACAGAAAGUGGGUUUGAAGAUUCGGAGAGCUCAGACGUGGCACAUUAUGUGGUCAGAUUCAUCACACGGUUUGUGGACAAAGUAUGUACAGAGAGUGGUGUCACAUCAGAUCAUUUGAAAGGCCUGCACACCAUGAUUCCUGAUAUUGUUCAGAUGCACAUAGAGACUUUGGAUGCAGUACACAGAGAGAGUAAGAGGCUACCACCUAUUCAAAAGCCCAAACUCUUGCGGCCCACAUUGCUAGUUGGUGAGGACUUGCUAAUGGAAGGUCUCAGAGUUUACCUGCUGCCAGAUGGAAGAGAGGAGGCGUCGGGUGGAAGUCUUGGAGGUCCACCACUCCUUCCUGCUGAAGGGGCCCUGUUCCUCACUACUUACCGUUGCAUCUUCAAGGGUACACCAGUUGAUCCUUUAGUGUCCGAACAGACGGUGGUGCGGUCUUUCCCUGUUGCAUCUCUGACUAAGGAAAAGAAAAUCAGCGUUCCAGCUCAUCUGGACCAGUAUGUGCAAGAGGGACUUCAGCUACGCUCAUGUACUUUUCAGCUCUUGCGAGUGGCAUUUGAUGAGGAUGUCCCAUCUGAAGUGUCUGAAGGUUUCCGCAAGCAACUUCACAAGCUUAGGUAUCCUCAGGAUGUGCUUGGGACCUUUCCAUUGAGUGUUGGUCUCUCUCUUCCACAUCCUGCCCAACCCAGGGCUAAGGACAAAAACCCCUCUAUCAAGACCAUAUCUAAGAACCUUGUGAAGAAUGCCAAAAAGACCAUUGGCAGGCAGUAUGUGACACGCAGGAAGUACAGUCCCCCAUCUUGGGAUCUCCGUGGUAGUCAGAACUCUUUGGAACAGCCGAGUGAUGACAUUUCUGUGUCUGAGGAUAUGGAAAGAAGUACACUGACCAUUUCCACUCUGAAGGCUCCUGACAAACAGACAGGGGGUAAUCUGGCGGAGAGAGCUUGCUGCCGGGACUACCAGAGAAUGGGACUUGGUACACUGAGUAACAGCUUGACGCGUGCUAAAAACGAACCGUUUCGAAUCUCGACUGUAAACCGCAUGUAUGCAGUUUGUAACAGCUACCCAGGAUUGCUUAUAGUGCCACAGAGUAUUCAGGACAACACUCUACAGAAGAUAUCCCGCUGUUACAAGCAAAACAGAUUUCCUGUAGUGUGUUGGCGCAGUCCUCGGACCAAAGCUGUUCUUCUGCGCUCAGGGGGGCUUCAUGGCAAAGGCGUAGCUGGACUCUUUAAAUCUACCAAUACCACUGCCACUGGCCCGUCUCAGACGGACUCUACUUCUUUGGAGCAAGAGAAGUACCUCCAGGCCAUAGUGACCUCGAUGCCCCGCUUUGCAGAAAUGAGUGGGCGUAACACUCUCAGUGCAUUCCCAUCUGCACAUCUCUAUGAUUCUCCCGACAAACGUCAACCCAAACUGGGUUCUCUGAUGAAGCAGGUGAUGGGAGGGAAGGAGGACGUUCGAGGAGGAAAAUGGGGCAGCAUGCGUGGGACUGGGAGACUUGGUUCCUAUGGUAUGAACGCAGAUGUAGGAACACGAUUGGCUGCAAGAGAGCUUUUGACCCCCCAUCAAAAUGGAGGACCCUCAGAGAGUGCACUGACUCCCCGCAGAGCUGCACUGUACAUCAUAGGUGACAAGUCACAGCUCAAAGGAGUAAAGCAAGACCCACUUCAGCAAUGGGAACUGGUCCCCAUUGAGCUUUUUGAUGUGAGGCAAGUGAAGGCCAGUUUUAAAAAACUGAUGAAGGCAUGUGUGCCUAGUGCCCCCUCCACAGAUCCCAGCUUGUCGUAUCUGCGCACACUAGAAGACUCGGAAUGGCUAUUACAGAUUCACAAGCUCCUCCAGGUCUCUGUGCUGGUUGUGGAGUUACUAGACAGUGGGUCUUCUGUUCUAGUUGGACUGGAAGACGGGUGGGACCUCACAACGCAGGUGGUGUCCCUUGUCCAAAUAAUGUCUGACCCAUACUACCGGACCAUUGAGGGUUUUCGGCUACUCUUGGAGAAAGAGUGGCUUUCAUUUGGCCACAGAUUCAGCCAUCGUGGUGCACAUACGGCAGCCAGUCAGAGCAAUGGUUUCACUCCUGUUUUCUUGCAGUUUCUGGACUGUGUGCAUCAGAUCCAUUUGCAGUUCCCCUCUGAGUUUGAGUUCAGUCAGUAUUACCUGAAGUUCCUGGCGUAUCACUAUGCGUCAAACAGGUUCCGUACCUUCUUGUUGGACUCGGACUGUGAGAGAAUAGAGAAAGGCAUUCUGUAUGAGGAGAAGGGUGAUCGGCGGGGCCCCCAAGUAUGUAGAUCAGUAUGGGAGUAUAUGGAACGACUAAAUAAGAAGAAUCCUGUGUUUUACAACUACAUGUUCAGCCCUGAAGAUGGAGAAGUGCUGCGUCCAUCCAGCUCAGUGUGGGGUCUUCGUGUAUGGGAUUAUUAUACUCAUGAGGCCAUGAGUGAAGGGCCUUCUUAUGACUGGGAACUUGUUCAGGGAACCCGGCAUGAAGAACCUGAAAAAACUGACAGUUCCGCCCCACAGACCAAACGCAAGAUCAUUUGGCCUUCCUAUCAUGCACCACAGCGUGUUCAGCCUGAUGCCAUCACCUGCUUAUUAGAGGAGUUGCAGAAUUUGGAGACGGAUUUGCGGCCUGUGCCAGAGCGCUGGAAAGAAACCUGGGAUAAGGUCAAAGCUGUCCACAGGACAGAGAUUCGGCAUGAGAGUCGGAAGUCAAGUGCUCUGUUGAUGUCAUCAAAUGUGUCCUCUCAGCGCCAUUCACUGGGAAUAUAUCUACAGGAGAGCGGUGUGGGAUCUACACUGAACCUGAGCUUAGAAAGUGGUCCAAGCACAACGAGUACUCCUACCAGUGGAGGGAAACUAGGAGCUCGCAGCAGCACUAGCACCUUAUACAAUCAGUUCAACACUGCAGAGAGAGAAAACAGAUCUUAUGAAGGGACUUUGUAUAAGAGAGGAGCUUUUAUGAAACCUUGGAGACCACGUUGGUUUGUUUUGGACAAGACAAAACAUCAGCUACGCUAUUAUGAGAGCCGUACAGACACUGAAUGUAAAGGGGUGAUAGACCUGGCAGAGGUAGAGUCUAUCUAUACAGGUACUCCAACACUGGGUGCUCCCAAAAAUGUGGAUGAAAGGUCAUUUUUCGAUUUAAAAACAACUCGGCGGGUUUAUAAUUUCUGUGCCACAGACCCUUUGCUGGCCCAGCAGUGGAUUGACAGAAUCCAGAACUGCUUGUCGGAUGCGUGAGGCUUC